GUGAAAAUAAUGUUCCAGGAGCAGUUUUUAAACAACGCAGCAGAAAAUGCGCUACUACUAUGACGAAUAAAAGAAAGGAAGGAAGGGACACUGACUUUAAAAUGAGUCUAUCUGGGGAAAGAGAAGAGGGGUGCCCUGCCUCUAAAACGAGUGUCUCUGGGGAAAGAGAAGAGUGCCCUGCCUCUGAAUUGAGUGCACUUGGUGACCAUAACAUCAAGGCAAACAGCUCAAUCCAGCUGGAGAGACCAGCCUCCCCUGAACCCAGCUGUGUUUCCAUAAAGAGUAAAAACUCUAUGAUUCAACCUAUCAAGUUCCAGGAUGAAAGCUCAAUCCAGCUGGAGAGACCAGCCUCCCCUGAACCCAGCUGUGUUUCCAUGAAGAGUAAAAACUCUAUGAUUCAACCUAUCAAGUUCCAGGAUGAAAGUGGACUGUCAACUCUGACAGAGGAUCAGUCCAGGUGUUCAGUGUGUGAGCUGGUUCUGAGGGAUCCAGUCUCUAUUAACUGUGGACACAGGUUCUGCCGACAGUGUAUCACCAGAUACUGGGAGCAGCCUGCUUCGUCAGGAGAAUAUGUCUGUCCUCAGUGUAGAAAGAGAUCCAGAACAAGACCUGUACUACAGCAGCUGAGUGAACCCAGUGAGGAUGACAGAGGCUCUGAAAACAAGAAUGAGAGUUUGCAUGGAGCUUUAGAGAAUUAUAAAGCCAGUCUGAAAAGGAGGUAUGAAUGUGUGACAGAAGGCAACGUAAAAACGAACAAUCAGACUCCCCUCAACAGUAUUUACACAGAGCUCUACAUCACAGAGGGAGAAAGUGAAGGGGUUAAUAAUGAACACGAGGUGUGGCAGCUAGAGGCAGCAUCCAGAACGCCAACCUCACACGACACAGCAAUCCACUGCAAUGACAUCUUCAAACCCUUACCUGGCCAAGAGAAACCCAUCAGGACUGUGCUUAUGAUGGGCAUCGCUGGUAUCGGAAAAACUGUCUCUGUGCAGAAAUUCAUCGUAGACUGGGCUGACGGCAAGGCAAACCAAGAUGUGGAUGUCAUAUUUGUGCUUCCUUUCAAGGAGCUAAACUUGAUCAGGGAUAAACAGUACAGUUUGCCCAGACUUCUGAAGUACUUCAACACAGAUCUGGACAAACACAGUGUGAAGAAACUUGUUGCUUGUAAAUCAAUGUUUAUCUUUGAUGGUCUGGAUGAAAGCAGACUUCCAGUGGAUUUUAACUGUAACAAAGUCAUAUCUGAUGUAACACAGACAUCAUCUGUAGAUGUUCUGAUGACAAACCUCAUCAAGGGAAAUCUACUUCCUUCUGCUCUCCUCUGGAUAACUACCAGACCUGCAGCAGCCAAUCAGAUCCCUUCAGGGUGUGUUGACCGGGUCACAGAGGUGAGAGGGUUUAAUGACCCACAGAAAGAGGAGUACUUCAGGAAGAGAUUCAGUGAUGAGGACCUGGCCAGCAGAAUCAUCUCACACAUAAAGACAUCAAGGAGCCUUCACAUCAUGUGUCACAUACCAGUCUUCUGUUGGAUUUUGGCUAUAGUCCUUGAGCACAUGUUGACUACAGAUAAGAGAGGAGAGAUGCCCAAGACUCUGACUGAGAUGUUCACACACUUCCUCUUCAUUCAGACCAGCCACAAGAACCAGAAGUAUCAUGGUAGAGUUGUGAUGAAAGAGGAGCUGAUGGAGUCAGAUAAGGAUGUUCUUCUCAAGCUGGGGAAGCUUGCAUUUGAACAUCUGGAGAAGGGCAAUCUCAUCUUCUAUGAAGAAGACCUGAAAGAGUGUGGCAUCGAUGUACAAGAGGCAUCAGUGUACUCAGGAGUGUGCACAGAAAUCUUCAAAGAAGAGUCAGUGUUAUUUCAGAGAGUGGUGUACUGCUUUGUGCAUCUGAGCAUUCAGGAGUUCCUCUCAGCUGUCUACAUGUACCAUUGUUUCACAACCCAGAACAUGGAUGCACUGAAGCCCUUCCUCAAGAGAAAGACUAAAGCUUCAUCUGAAGAUCUAACGUUACAUGAGUUGCUAAAAAGUACAGUGGAUAAAGCCUUGGAGAGCAAGAAUGGACAUCUAGAUCUUUUUGUCCGCUUCCUUCAUGGCCUCUCAUUGGAGUCUAAUCAGAAACUCCUAGAAGGUCUGGUGACACAGACAGAAAGCAGUCCAGAGAGCAUCCAGAAAACAGUAAGAUACCUAAAGCUGAUGCAGAAGAAGAAUAUCUCCCCUGAGAGGUGCAUCAAUCUCUUCCACUGUCUGAUAGAGAUGAAAGAUCAUUCAGUCCAGGAGGAAAUCCAAAAAUACUUAAAGUCAGACAACCGUUCCAAAAACCUCACUCUUGCAAACUGUUCAGCCCUGGCCUACAUGCUGCAGAUAUCAGAGAACGUUUUGGAUGAGUUUGAUUUGAAGAAAUACAAAACAUCACAAGAGGGUCGUGGGAGACUGAUCCCAGCUGUCAGACGCUGCAGAAAGGCUCUACUCGCUGGCUGUAAACUCACAGCAGAAGUGUGUGAAGUGAUAUCAUCAGCUUUCAGGUCAAACCCCUCCCACCUGACAGUGAUGGAUCUGAGUGACAAUGAACUGAUGGAUUCAGGAGUGAAGAUGCUCUCUGCUGGACUGGGGCAUCCACACUGUAAACUGGAGACUCUGAGGCUGUCAAGCUGUCUGGUCACAGAGGAAGGCUGUGCUUCCCUGGUCUCAGCUCUGAAGUCAAACCCCUCACACCUGAAAGAACUGGAUCUGAGUUACAAUGACUUGAUGGAUACGGGAGUGGAGAAGCUCUCUGCUCUGCUGAAGGACCCACAAUGUAGACUGGAGACUCUGAGGCUGUCAGGCUGUCUGGUCACAGAGGAAGGCUGA